UUGAGUACCUAUAUUGAUCAAAUCAAUAAACCAAAAUAAAAAGUGUUCAAUUCUACAGGGCGUUCAAUUUCCUGGGUCAUUUUAUUCUCUAGAUUAGGUACCAGAUUAAAUAAUUUAGUCUGCUAAAAAGCUCUACUAAACGAAUCAGUGUUUAAAAUUAAUCUGACUUUAUCAACAGUUGAAUCAACAAAUAAAUAAUAAUAUAGAGCGAAUGAAGACAUCAUGGAAAGAAACAAAUGUGUAAGAGCCGAGGAUUUGGACAUUAAUAGUGUUGUGGAACUGUUGGAGAAAUGGGACUUGGCCGAGUUUGUGGACUUCGUGAAAGACAGGCGGAUUGACGGGCGAAAAUUAUUGGAUGUCACUGAGGGAAUUGUUAAAUUAUGGCAGCCCAAAGUAAACGCGAAGAAAUUCAUAUUAUUCAUUGAAAAUUUCAAACUCAAUCCUGAAAAGUAUCUUGGUGGAAUUAAUGUGACAAAAGAUAGGAGAGAAAUGGACGCUGCUACUUCAGUUGCUUCGAUCGAAAGUCAGUAUCAAACUGUUAAAAAGGUCAAAACGGAGACGACAGCUAAUUUUACUAAUGUCGAAGAGUUACUGAAGAAGAUAGUGCCCGCUAAAAGUUUUCUAUACAGAAAUCAGCAGAGAAAAACAGACAAAACCGUUCCAUCCUAUGUCCCGAUGGAUGGCACUAGAAAACCUAGAAAAUUCUUCAGAUUGAGCUCUUACGAAUAUCCAAACUUUGACUUGCUAUCAAUAUUUUCAAGACAAGAAAACGUUGAGGACAGAGGAUACUAUUCAGUCAAAAGUAACACUAGGUAUUACAUCCAGAAGACGUACAGAAAACAAGAUUCGAGAACCAAAUACAAGUCAUUGCAAACACCUGAAGAAUUGAGUGCGAAGUUACCUGAAGACCAUUUCUAUGAAGACUUAUGCUACAAUGAAGUCACUACUGUUGAAAAGAAUAAAACAAACGCUCUGAAUCAAGCCAGCAAUGUAAAACCAUGCCUAGUCAAAUUGCAAGAACUAUUCCAAUCCUUCAAAAUGCCCUUUUCUAAGAAGCCUGAAAUAACAGAAGGAGUUGCUAAAGCUGAAGUAGUAGAAAAAGAAAGAGAAGCCAACGUGUAUGAAAAUGCUGAAAGCAUUUCCAAUAUGUACGAUUCGGUGCAUGUCAAACUGCUCAGUGAAGUAGAUGAUAAGGAUAACAAACAAGGCAAGCUCCCAGUGGAGGAAUACUUAGAGCCGGUGCAGCUCAGCAAAGAAUACUGUGACGUGGCGCCCCAGAGGGACGACUCGCUGCUCGGGUACAUCAUGAGCAUAUUCGACACACGCUUCGGCUUUAGACGAGAAACGAGCGACGCGAAUCAAUCCGACGAAUCCGAACAUGAGGACGACAAGAAUAAUCCACUGGAGAAAACGGAAGUGCGAGCGGAGAAGCACAACAUGGCGGAUCGGCCGCUUCCGGUGCCGGUGGAGAACGAGCCUUACUACAUGAACGUGGAGCGGACUGAAGCGGAGAACUUGCUGAGGGGACAGCCCGAUGGGACGUUUAUAUUGAGACCUUCUAGUCAGCCCAACCACGCGUACACGCUAACCGUGUCAUGCGCGAACGCAGUGCAUAACGUAGGCGUGCGCCGGCGCCCCGACGGCCGGCUGGCUUUGGGCUACGCUCGGCGCGGGGAACGAAGCUUCGCCAGUGUUCCCUCGCUGCUGAGGCAUCAUAGGAGACGGCGGUUGCUGCUGGUGGCUGCUGGCGGAGUUAUAGGAGCGACCACCUUGAAUGAAACCCCGCAUUAUUACCAGACUCCUAGUAACAUUCCCGUUACUUAGUCCUUUCUUCAUAGGAGCGACCAUCUUCGUCGUUCACGACACGCCUUACCACUACCAAACCCAUUGCGAUAUUCUUAUCACUAAAUCAUUUACGAAAAGUCCUUGGAUGGGAGAGAGUCCUAUUUUGGAGACAUUCAAUCAAUUUAUUUAAUAUGUUUAAUUUUUUAAAUCUUCAAAAUAGUUUUUGUUAUUUUUAAAAUUGUAACAAACGCCUGUAAUUAUUUUAUAGCAAUGUAAUUUUAAAGCAAAUUUAGUGUAACUAUUAAAGCAGGGUUAUACAAAUCCCACAGAAAGGUCUAGUUAUUUAUGUAACACUUAUCAUCUUUCAACUUUUGAAAGUUACAGUAUUCUACGUAGGUAUAUUAUCAUUGUUAAGUAUACCCUUAAUGCCCGUAUGUUUUAUAGUACUGUAUAUUUUUAAUAAUACCUACGAGUUGUGUAAAGUAACUUCUUAAU